AUCUUGAAUUUGCCCUUUGUUACAACUGAUCUGUCUUGAAAUAGCUGCUUAACAAAAACAACUACUUUUAUUGUUAACUAUGUUUGCUUUAACAAUUCUAAUACAGCGAGGCUUCUUAUAACGGUCACUUCUGUGCAACGGCCACCUGCAGUACAACAGCCAGUGGAUAAAGUAAUUAAUGGCCAAACUGUAUAAUUCAUGAUAAACCUCCGUACAGUGGCCACUUCCAAUCAAUAGCCAAAUGGCCACUUGGGAGUACCCAGGUUCUUUAUUUCACUUCCAUAUACGGUCAAGCAGAAGCCUUUCGCAUAGAAAUGGGAAAAAAAUGGAAAAAAGUUGGUUCCUAUUUAGAAAUUAUGUAUGUUUGUGAAAAUAAUUAGCUUUUCCAGCCUUUUCAUUUCCCCUUGCUUGAUGUAUCACACGUAUUUCAGGUCCUAAUCCAUCCCCACGAUUUAUUUCUAUUCAGUGUCAUUGCAUGAUAUCGUAGACCAUGCUUGUGUUUUUCUGAUUGUUCCAUUUCGACCCAUCGUGCUCUUUCAGACCCUUUUUCUGACGUUUUAGACUCUAAAGCUGAAUUCACACUGGACGCGUCACGGCGCGGCGCGUCAUGACGCUGACCAAAUAUGGUUUGCAUUAAUUGCUGCUAUGCGCACGCAUCGCGUUUUUUCAGCCAUGCGUCACGACGCGUCAAAGUUAAAUAAAUUUAACUUUGACGCUCGGUGACGCUCCAGAACAAUAGUAAAGUCAAGAAAGAUGGCAGCUAAAAACAUAAACAAAGAACUUCUGAUCGAAGCUGUUCGGAAAUUACCGUGCUUGUACGAUACUAGCAAAAAAGAGUACAAGGAUGAGAUUGUCCGAGAGAAUGCCUGGAAGACUGUGUGCCAAGAAAUUUUUAAAGAACGGUAUGAAAGUGCAAAAGAACUCGGCGAAGAUAUGAACCUUGCUCGGAAAACAUUUAAAAGCUUAAGGAACAGAUUUAUGAAAGUGAGAAAGGAGUACAAGCCAUCUGGGAGCGCUGGUGGGGAACCAAUAGAACCAGCAUGGCCAUUCUUCAAGCAGUUGAUGUUCCUUGCCCCCUUCAUGAAACAUAGAGAAACAAGGGGAAAUUUUGUUCUUCAAGAGCGGGAAGGCCACCAAGAAUCAUCAAAAAUCAAAAGCACCAUUGACACCGAAUGUCUGCAUGAUUUGAUUGGCGAAGCAAGAAAAGGUAACGAGCCAGCAUUCCAAAUUUCGGAUAGUACCGUUACCCAAGAUUGCACAGAGGAUUCUUUUGUAGAAUUACCAGCCACUCCGCUUUCCUACGAGAGUGCUGUGCCUAAAAAUGAUAGAGCUGCAGCUGGAUCUCCUUUGGCUCAGUUGGACUCUCUACGAGAAAGUACCCGGCCAAAAAACCCCAAACGCCCCAGACAAGAAAAGACCCCUGACAACAGCCAGUUUUUGAUGAAGGUGAUUGAAAAUACCAAUCAGUUCAUUUCAUCGGCUAGCAAAAGAGAGGAGCCAGAUGAAGACGAUCUUUACGGUCAAAGUAUAGGAAAAGAACUAAAAAAAUUGUCGGCCUAUCAAAAAAGUUUGGCGAAAUUGAAGAUUCAACAAGUUUUGCAUGAAGUACGGUGGAGCACUCAAGAAUAGACUCCUGACUCAUAGUAAUCUGGCUGCUUGGUGUGGCAAUUUUAUAAUCCUGAUUUCCUUUGUAUCAAUCAUUGUUGACAAAUAAUUAAAUAUUGACUCAUGACUUCACGUUGUUCACAUCUA